AUGCCCAACACCCCGUUCAAUCAAGCUCAGCAAGAGGGCAUCAUUGCCGCACUGUUCCGAAGAGAGGAUAACAAGUCAAUCAUCGAGAACCAUCAUGUCUCUGAGAGGCAGCUUCGCAGAAUCACGCACAAUCUCAAGACUCAUGGCACGUUUCAUGCUCCUUCUACGAAAAAGAUGGGAAGACCAACGUGCCUGAAUAAGGAAGUGGAAGAGGAUCUUAGACAAUAUGUUGCAGCGCAGCCCCUUGCACUGCUUGUCGAUAUGCAGAAGUAUGUACAGGAGAAGUACAACAUCAAGUGCAGUCGCGCUUCAUUGUCUCGCAGAAUCAGGGAAAUGGGCUAUACGAGGGGAAUCAUUCGACGCGGCUUCCGCUCCGAGGAUCAACAAGUGCCUCAGAUCUCGCCAGCAGAUAUGCUACGGAUUAUGGGAGAUCCAUCACCAGACGAUGAUAUGAUGAAUUUGCCCCCAAACGCGAAGAGAGCGAGAUACGCAUGGUUAUUGGAUGGAGAGAAACCAGCCAAGAAGGUGAAGAAGCCCAAGAAGAAGGAUACAGACACCGACGCAGCUCAAGAAGAUGCCGAAGCAGUUGGACCGGUAGAUCCAGCACUUGAGCAGAGCCAGCCGGCACAGCAGCCUCAGCAGCCUCAAGGGCAGUCGCAGAACCAUGCUCAGCCAUUGCAGUCUAAUGGCUACACCCCAAUGUACAUCUCGCCCUUUCGCCAGGUGACAGCGAGUGGAGGGCUGGUCAUCUCACCUCAUCCCUUGGACUCGAACCGAAACAUCGGACAGUCCUUGUCCCCAGCAGGCUCCAUGUCAGUAAGCAUGCCUUCCCAUGUCUAA